UAUAAACGAACCGAGCAGCUCGCGAGUUAUUUGCGAGCUGGCUUGGACAAAGCUUGGUUCGAACUCGAGUUGAUUAAGUUCGAGUCGAUCUCGAGCCAGUUUGUUAAGGAGACGAGUCGAUCUCGAGUUCGGUUAUUCCUUGCUCGGUGGCUCGUCGAGCUAACUGAGCCGAUAUGUAUUUUAUAUUUGUAUUUUAUACUUAUUAGAAUUCAUCAAUUAGGCCAAAGAAAUCCUCCACCGAUAUUACCACCCCAUGACCCCACCCUCUUUUCACUUUCUCUGUCCUCCAUUUGAUUAAUCCUUUCUCGAAGGAAGCUCUCCCAUUCUACCCAUGAGCCUAAUCAAAACAAAAAAAACUCCAUCAAAUUAAUUGCUUUCAAGAUUGAAUCUUUAUCAUCUCAAAUUAUCAAGCUGCGGCGGAGGGACGAUCUGGGUCGUCGUGGUCACCGGUACACCGUUAUUUCUUUUGUCUUUUUUUAUCUGAUCCCAAUUUCCUCCUCUCUCAUGCGUCAUUUGAAUCCCACUCCAUCUCUCUAUCUCCUCUCACCGAAGUCAGAAUCAAUUUUGCAAACUUCUCCAAUCCAAUCCGGCUGAGUUCAUUGAUUAUUUAACAAUUAAAAUUGAAUUUUUUUUUAAUUUGAAUCAAAUAAAGCCACGCUUCCAUAUCGAUACUAACGGUAUCGAUACUACCGUUAUUUCUGUGGUUUUUUCUUUUUUGUUGAGAGAUUGAAAGAGAUCUAGCCCGUUAUCCCUUAUUAUUGGAGUUUAUAGACAUUUUGAAUCUCAUUAGUUUACUAAUUGUGAAAUCUUCUAUUGUUUUUUUCAAUCCAAUUAGUAAAUUUUGGGUGAUAGUAAAUUUUGGGUGAGAUAGUUGACGGCAUAGGGGUAAUAGUAUGUUGGUUGUAUAUGCAGAAUGUGUUUGUUAAAAUGCCUCAAUGAGACUGGAAAAAAUUGGAUAUGAACAACUUGUUUAAAGCUCGUCGAGUCGAAUUCAAGCUGCCUUCUAUAUGGUCAAGCCGAGUUCGAGUUUGAUUUUUAUGGCUCGAUCGAGUUCGAGUCGAGUUUGAGCUCACCCAAAAUUGACUCGAUCCAAGUUCGAACAGAAGUAAACUCGGGCUCGACUCGGCUCGUUUACAGCCCUAAAUAUCUCCUCCUCCCUUCUCGCUUCUUCCAAGGGAUUGUAGCAUAGAGAUCUGUUCUUGUGUCCAAAGUGGCCAGCCUUAAUAUUCUGAUAUAUAUGCAUCUUUUAGUUUAACUAGUACCGAUCUGUCUGUUUGGUGCUUCUUUUUCUUCAACAAGUGUGCCCUUGAUUGUUGAUCUAUUGAUGGCUUCUAUUUUUCGUUCAAUUUGAUUAAUUUAGUUUGAAUUUUAACUCUUCGAUAGUUAACAUCGGAUCGAUAUUGGAUUGACAUAAACAGAAAUUUAUGCUUCCACAAUUUUUAUUUUUUAUUUUUUUUACAGUAACUUGUGUUUGUGAAGUUACAUAUGCAUUAACCUUUUAUUUCAAACUCAAUGUGGAUCUUUUAGGCCCCUCAACUUAAAAUUUGCAUAUUGAAAAAUUAUUCAUGAAUUUUAUCUAGUUACAUCAUCAUAGCCAUUGUCAGUUUUAGCACCGGAUGGCUGUGCAUCUUAGGAAGCAAAUUCUCACAUUGACUGAGGCGGCAGCUUCUAAAAUUCGUCACCAGCUGGAGCAAAGUCAGCGCACAUUCCUUAGGUUUAGAGUCAAGCCUCGCGGCUGCAGUGGCUUAAUGUACUCCUUUGAGCUUGCAGAUGAGAAGGGAAAGUUAGAUGAGGUGGUUGAGGAUAAAGGCGUGAAAAUACUUGUUGAUUCUAAGACUAUGAUGCAUGUCAUAGGAACAAAAAUGCAUUUUGUCAAUGACAAUGUCAGGUUUGUAAUAUGCUUUGCAUGUUAUUUCUAUUAUUUUCUUGGCUCAAUUACGAUGAAUUAAUCAUAAAGAAAUACACUCAAUCUCAAAUUAUUUUCCAUAAUGGUUAGUUACCUAAUUACCAUCGCUUUGUAAGUUUUUUUUUCCCUACAUUACAAUUUGAGUGGAUUUAGGGGUACACAUCUGAUUGUAAGUUUUAUUUAUUUUUAUUUUUUAAUUGUUAUUGUAAAACAUGAAUGUAUGUUAUUUGCGGAUGACAGAGUGUUAAUAGAUGAGAUAUGAGUGGAUGACAUGGUGUUAAUAGAUGACAUAGUGUUAUUUUUAUUUGCUUGUCAUCGUAAAACAUGAAUGUAUGUUGUUUGCGGAUGACAUAAUGUUAAUAGAUGAGAUAUGAGCGGAUGACAUAGUGUUAAUAUAUGUUAUUUGUGGAUAACUUAGUGUUAUAAUAGAUGGGAUGUGGGAGGGUGGAAAUGCCAAGUUAGAGACUUGGGAGGCAGCCGCUAAAAUCUAAAUGUAUUACAAUAAUUAGCGUUUAAAUACAUGUUACUUUAGUAACUUUAGUAACCGUUGAGUAAUAAUACAUGUUAAAAGUGGUUGCCAUGAAUCAAACACAUCUAAAAGGUUUAAAUAUUUAGGAUUCAUCAUCUUAGCAAAUGGAAACAUUGAUAGAGAUGUAAAACACUAAUCCGAAUGGGGUGGAACAAAUGGUGGAAUGCGUCUUCAAUACUUAGUGACUUUAUGGUACCAUUGAAUUUGAAGGUAAGUUCUAUAAAAUUACCAUUACCCCAGCAAUGCUUUAUGGAUUAGAAUAUUGGGUUACUAAGUGUGAAAAUAAUAAUAAAAAAUAUGCGAGUAACAGAGAUGGUAAUGUUAAAUUAAAUGUGCUGGCAUGUUAGGUUCGAUAAAGUUAUAAAUUAAUAUUAGAAAGAAAGUAGGUUAAUGCCAGAGAAUGAAAAAAGAGAAUCGUGUUUAAGAUGGUUCGAGCUUGUGUGUAGGAAGCCUAUGGAGGCCCGUGUGAGAAGGGUAGAAAGUAUAAAGUCAAAAAAUCAAAUUAAUAGGGGUAGAGAUAGACUUCAUAAAACUUGAUGAAAAGUAAUUAUUAAAAUGGUUAUUUAAAAUUGAAUAAUGAUGUUAGUAUUGAUUGAGCAUGACGACACUAUAUGAUUCAUGUAUCCGACCUUACGUAGUAAGAAAAAGGUGUAAUGUUGUUGUUGUUGUUUUAUCUAUCAUUAUAAUUUGAGUGAAUUUUAUGUUAAUUGCAAAUGGAAUUGGAAAAUUUAUCAUUGAUAAUUCAUUCCUAUAGUGUUGAUCUAACAAUGGUCUCGAUCAAAAUGACUCAAUUAAAUUUCGGGGGCUUCUUAAUUUUAAUUAAGUUGCUGGAAGUCUAUACCCGUCUCUCGGUAUUGAAAUAUAAUCUACGUUACUGGACUUGGGUGCGUGUUGGGUGGGAUACAGGAUGUCAGACCUUUAAACCUUGUAAAUUUAGGGGUACGUGAGUAUGAAUUGGAUUUAGACUAAGGUACAAGUACGCUGAUGCUUCUUGCAACUAAUUUAACUGUAGAUAAUUAUGGAGCCUAAUUAUAACUACUUUGGUGUUGUAGGGAAUUAGGAGGGUGUAAGCUCAUUAUAAUAAUACAAUGAUUUUAGUAACUAAGCCCAAUUUCUAUCUUCUCUCUACCUUUGGCAGCGGCUGCCUCCUCCUCCCUCUUAUCUCUCCUUCCCUCAUCUGAACGUCUCCUCUCCUUCUCUUUGUUUUCCUCCUGUUACCCUUCUUUCUUUCUUUUAUUUGUUUGAAGCCACUUCAAGAUCCUCCCAACUCAAAGGCCACUAGUCUCGACUGUUCUAAUCAGAUCCGAAUCUCAUACUCGUGUCGUGUUGUGUUGUGUCUGGGUAAUAGAGAUUAUAGUGAUAAGGCUGUGUACAUCUUGACUUCUAGACCCCAACGAAUUCAGGAAUAUAUUUGGUAUUGUUUCUUAUAUAAAUUUAAUGAAUUUAGGGCAGUCUUAUAGGCACCCAGUUAUGACCACCAUAAUAUUUAUAAUAUCUUGAAAAAGGUUAUUAUACUUAAUACUCCACAAAAGUACUUUUACAAGGUAAUUCUUACGAUGUCUGAUUAGUUACAUACCACUUGCUCAUAAGGUAUGCAUCUCAAUGCAAGGUUUAGUAUUUUUUUUAAAAUUUUUUUUAAUCCCAUUACAAAAUGAGUGAAUUUAGGCUAGUCUGGUUAUUUAGGUUAGUAUGGUAGUCCCAGUUAUGGCUAACGUAAUACUCUUUCUAUCCCUGAAUGAAUGUCUUGUUUGGAGAAACUACUAACUUAUCUUUGGCUAAACAAUCAAAGUUACAAUUACUUUUUAUUAAUGACUAUCCAAAUACAUCCCUAGCCCCAAUAUUCAUGGAAUACCUCUUAAUAUGCAACAUCAGUACUUUUUAUUAAUGACUAUCCAAAUACAUCCCUAGCCCCAAUAUUCAUGGAAUACCUCUUAAUAUGCAACAUCAGUGUUUUUUUAAAUUCACGUCGCCUAUAAACUUCACCAGCUACCAUUCUUCUAGAACUACCAUUUUUCACCCCCACUCUGCUGCUGCAGUUCUGCCACGACCUCACUAGGGAACUUCAUCACUGAUAUUAGAUCUGAAUCAUUUCCGAUCGGAGAGUGUAGAGAGAGCAUUCACCAUUCAUUUUAAUUCCUGAUUUUCCAAAAUAUCGAAGAUCUCUCGUUGUUUCAGCAUUAUUAUCUUAUUUAUUCAUUAAACUCCCAUCGCCCCACCAGAAUAAUUUAAUUUCCAAAAUAAAGGUUAUCAUACCCCAUAUAAUUGAAGUCACUAGUGAAGUGGUGACUUGUAGGUUGUUGACACUUUUGUACGACUUUGUUGACUUACAUUUAUUUAGGUGGCCUUGUUUGAGAUUAAACUAGUCUCAUGACUAAUCUUGUCUAAGGACUUAAACUUGGACCACCCCAAAAUAUGCCGUGCAAAUGUCAAAUACUUAUGAAAAGGAAACUAUCGUUGUUACGGAUUUGGAGUACUUGUAUUGACUUUAUACAUGGCUGACUAGAGAAUAUUUAUGAGUUGUCUUUCCUUUGUUAGUGUGUACACUUUGUCGACGAUUUUUGGAGUCGGAAUAUUGGUAUUGACUUGGCAUCAUCCGAAUACGCUACUUUUGUUUUGGACAGGGCUAGGUUUAUUUUCGAAAACCCGAAUGUUACAGGGCUUUGUGGCUGUGGAGAAUCUUUUCUGACUACAAGCAAAGAGGGAGCAGCAAACAGAGAGGGAGCAGCAGCCAAGUGCAGCUACUCUGGGAGUAACCUAGGCACUAAGUGAGGCGGGGCUACCAAAUAAAGUACUCCACCUUAGGGGGGCGAGUAGGGCUGCAGAAUAAACUCUUCCUGUAUGAGGAAAAAGCACUCCCUGUUUGUGAAUUGUAAAUUAAAUAGAAAUAACGACUUAAUGUGUUUUCUGGCCGGGGUCCAGUCAUGGUAAGUUUAUACUACUAUGUUUGGAGUCAAGUGACAAAUCUACGUUCUUGAUUCAUGUGUUUCAGUUGGUCAAUGCUUGUGGAUUACAUUCAUGUGGCCAUAGGGUGGAAGAGGCGGAGCUGUUGGUGGAGUUAAAUGAUAACUUGUGGGUGCGGGUGUGUGUUGGGGGGGGGGG